AUGGGAAGCCGAUCAACAUUCACCUGGCCUGGCCUCGAACACAGCGGCGAAUCAAGCGGGACGCUUCUCGGCCACAACCUCGCAUCUCUCGGCUCCUCAGACGCCAGCCUCACACCGCCCAGCGGAUCGAGAUCAGUGACGGCCAGCCCGCCAAGGGGGGUCAUGACGCCGGAGCAGCGGGAACUGAAGAAGCAGAGGGACCAGGCGCGCCGGGACUCAAAGACCUCUCAACGGGUAAGGAGAGCCGGCAGCAACAGCUACAUCCACUCGCCACCGCUCUCGAUGCCCGACGUCUCCAGCACGAUGGGCGUUCCCGUCUACACCACCGCGCCAGCCCCGAUCUCGCUCCUCGCCGAGCCGACGACCACCAUGGGAAGCUCGUCAUACCUCCCUUCCUACAGCCCGCCGCUGUCAGACCACGGCUACCAGAGCGGGUACCCUCCGAUGGCGCCGGCCUACAGCAUGGGCGGCAUGGACUACUCCAACCAGUUCCAACCACCAGCACAGUACGGGUACGUGAGCAGCGAACCGAGAAGUGGUGGCCGAGGCCACUACUUUUGGCAGCAGCAGCAGCAGCAGGGCAGGAAAGCUGACACACCGCCUCUUAGCAGCCGCCCUCCACUGUCAGUCAGCCAGGACCCGAUGAUGUACGGCGUGCCGCCCUCGAUGGCGCCCGGAGCCGGAGCGGACCAGGGAGGGCACGUGAGGGUGGUGCAGAGCCGGCCCAAGCCCCAAUGUUGGGAGCACGGCUGCAACGGCCGCCAGUUCUCGACCUUUAGCAACCUCCUCAGACACCAACGCGAGAAGUCAGGCCAAGCAGCCAAGGCGACCUGCCCCAACUGUGGAGCCGAGUUCACGAGAACAACGGCGCGGAACGGCCACCUCCUCCACGACAAGUGCAAGCAGCGCCGCAACACAUAG